AUGGCGCACGAAAUUCCUCCACAGUUCCGUGCAGUUCUUAAUCCGCGGGAGUCUCCGGCACACCGUGCUGAGCGUGUAAAGGCCCUGCAUGCGGAGCUUAGCACGCCCCAAGGUUUGCGCCACGCGGCAUUUUGGUUGCCCUCCUCCUGGCCGCAUCUGCUCCAGCUGUUAUCCGACGCGCACCCGGAGGUGCGCAUGGCCGCAGCUCACCUACUGGGCCAUUUCGGCGCCGUCCUGGCGGGCCGCCGGGAGCCGAGCCUUGAAGGUCGCCUGUCGCCCAGCGCCCUGAUAGAUUGGGCCCUGGCGAUGCUGUCACCCUCAUCUCUGCUACCGGCAGCGCAGCGCAUGACAGCUGACGCCAAGGAGUCGGCCCUCAUGGCACUACACGCUUGCAUCGCCGCCAUGCCGCCUGCGGACGUGGCACCUUUCGCGCAGCCGCUGCUGCGCCUCACCACGGCUUUGCUGGAGGCCACCACCACCCCGCCCCGCGUACUGGGCCCACUGCUGCGGCUGCUCCUGGCGGUACUCCCGGUCGUGCCGCUGGCCGUGCUCGGUCAGGGAUUCGGCGACUUGGCUGACCUCCUGUGCGGCUGGGCCCUGGAGCCACUUGUUGCAUCGGACGACAG